UGACGUCCAAAUUUGGGAGAAGGAAGACGAAGAAGACGAAGAAGAAGAUCUGAGAAGAUGUACGGAUUCACGAGCGUGAGCAGCAAAGGAGACCUAGAAGAGGGAACUCUCUACCCUGGUCUCAGCUAUGGAGAGAACGAGCUCCGUUGGGGUUUCAUUCGCAAGGUCUAUGGCAUCUUGGCCGCCCAGAUCCUCCUCACCACCCUCGUCUCUUCCUUCACCGUCCUCUACUCUCCCCUCAACCUUCUUCUCAGGGGAAAUUCCGGCCUUCUCUUGUUCCUUAUCUUCUUGCCCUUCAUCUUGUUGUGGCCACUUCAUGUGUAUCAGCAAAGGCAUCCUCUGAACCUCAUUUUCCUCGGACUUUUCACUGUGUCCAUGAGUCUCACCGUUGGAGUGAGCUGUGCUAAGACAGAUGGAAGGAUUGUACUUGAAGCAUUGAUUUUAACAUCAGCUGUGGUUUCCUCUCUGACUGGGUACACUUUCUGGGCUUCUAAGAAGGGCAAAGACUUCAGCUACCUUGGACCCAUCCUGUUCUCCAGUCUCAUAAUACUCAUCCUGACUGGCUUUAUCCAGACGUUCUUCCCACUUGGAUCUACAUCUGUCGCUGUUUAUGGUGGACUCAGUGCUAUCAUUUUCUCAGGUUAUAUUGUUUAUGACACCGACAACCUCAUAAAGCGCUUCACCUACGAUGACUACAUUUGGGCAUCCGUUGCUCUCUAUUUGGACAUUCUGAACUUGUUCAUUGCCAUCAUGGAGAUCUUGAGAGGAGGGUCAGACGGCUAAUUGUAUAGCCUACUCUUCACUGGCCUGGGCAUGACUUGAAAUAUAUAGAGUGGUACAUGGAGAUCCUGCAAUAUAUUGAGGGGUACAUGGACAUAAUCCAUCCAUAACUCAAGUAAGGCAUCACUGUGGAUAAAACAUAUGGUUUUUAUGCUUUUGUUUUACACCUGAAUUGGGCUAUUUCAAUUUGCUGUUUCUUAACCUUGCAUAAUGAAGUACAUUAAAUAAAUUUAUAAUGGAGAUCAUCUUAUUGAAGUA